CCCCCGGCUUUGAGCCGUCCCACUCUGCGGGCUCCAUGCUACUAUUGUCUACCAGGAGAGCGGGCUAUUUGCAAAAUAAAGGUGUCCUCCUGCCUCGGCUUCAGCCUGAUACAUAGACACGUGAGCGGAGCUGGUUUGUAAAGCGGAGCAGCGGUGAGAGGAGCGGGGUUUAGCGGCUCGAUCAGCGGCACUUCUCGCUGUGUUUUCCCCCCUCACGGAUCCGCGGCUCCUCGGCGGUCGGAUGCUGGAAGUCUUCGCCGAGCAGGGAGCGUGAAGGGCCCGCAGAGAAAGGAGCAGAGACGCGGAAGGAAGGAAGGAGAGGGCAGCGGCAUUUUUAAUACCAAAUCAGGACACAUGUUGAGCUAACGGCCCCUCCACCUCCUCCUCCUCUUCCCCUCCUCCUCCUCCUCCUCCCAAAUGCAUUGGUUGCCUCAAUCGCUUUCCCGUUUCUAAUUACUGCGCGUUAAGGAUCAAACCAGCGGAGCUCCUCUCCUGGCCUCUCCGGGCUGCGAGGAUCCACUCACCGCUGCUGCUGCUGCUGCUGCUGCUGCUCCGACCAUCAUGGAUCUCAGUAAGAUUGCUGUCAGCAUCAAUAAGGCCAUCAACACACAGGAGGUCGCUGUCAAAGAGAAACAUGCCAGGACCUGCAUCUUGGGGACCCAUCAUGAAAAAGGCGCCCACACAUUCUGGGCAGCCAUCAACCGGCUCCCUCUCUCCAGCAACGCGGUGCUCUGCUGGAAGUUCUGCCACGUCUUCCACAAGCUGCUGCGAGACGGACAUCCAAACGUGAUUAAGGACUCCAUGAGGAACAAGGCUGAUUUAACAGAUAUGAGCAGGAUGUGGGGUCACCUGAGCGAAGGCUACGGGAAGCUCUGCAGCAUCUACCUCAAACUGCUCAUCACCAAAAUGGAGUUUCACAUCAAAAACCCUCGUUUCCCUGGCAACCUGCAGAUGUCAAACAGACAGCUUGACGAGGCGGGAGAGAACGACGUGAACAACUUCUUUCAGUUGACCGUAGAGAUGUUUGACUACCUGGAGUGUGAGCUCAACCUUUUCCUCAGUGUGUUCAGCUCUCUUGACAUGUCCCGAUCGGUGUCGGUGACGGCAGCAGGUCAGUGUCGCCUGGCUCCCCUCAUCCAAGUCAUCCUGGACUCCAGCCACCUGUAUGACUACACCGUGAAGCUGCUGUUUAAGCUGCACUCUUGCCUUCCAGCAGACACUCUCCAGGGCCACAGAGAUCGCUUCCAGGAACAGUUUAAAAAGUUAAAGAGUCUGUUCUAUCGCUCCAGUAACUUGCAGUAUUUCAAGAGGCUGAUUCAGAUCCCACAGUUGCCUGAGAACCCUCCCAACUUCCUGCGCGCAUCAGCUCUGUCGGAGCACAUCAGUCCCGUGGUCGUGAUCCCCGCUGAGUCGUCAUCCCCCGAGUCGGAGCACAUGGUGGAGACGGACGACCUGGUGGACACAGAUGUCCCCUCACUGCCGGUUGCCGUGGAGACAAAGUUUGACGACUUGUUUGGCACCUCGGCGGCCAUAGACCCGUUCAACUUCAACAGUCAGAACGGGAUGCGCAAAGACGACAAAGAUCGUCUGAUUGAACAGUUGACGAGGGAGAUCCAGGCCCUCAAAGACGAGCUGGAGUCUUUCAGAGUGGAGAGCGGUCGGUUGUGUCAGGUGCUGAGGGGGCGUGUCAGCGAGCUGGAGGCGGAGCUGGCCGAGCAGAGCCACCUGAGGCUGCAGGCUCUGGGGGAGUGCGAGUUCCUGAAGGCCGAGCUGGACGACCUGAGGAGGGUCAGAGAGGACACGGAGAAGGAGCAGCGAAGCCUGACGGAGAUAGAGAGAAAAGCUCAGGCCAACGAGCAACGCUACACCAAACUGAAGGAGAAGUACACAGAGCUGGUUCAGAGUCAUGCAGACCUGUUGAGGAAGAACGCAGAGGUGACCCGGCAGAUGACGGUGGCUCAGACGGCACAGGAUGAGGUGGACGUGGUGAGGAAAGAGAUGCAGGAGAAGGUGAAAGCAGCUCAGGAGUCUGCAGACAUACAGGAGAGGGACCAGCUGGAGCAGCUCCAGGAGCUCCAGAGAGAGCUGGUGUCCAGCCGCACGGAGCUGGACUCCCUGAAGACCACCAUGGUUUCUUCACAACAGGCUUCGGGCGAGGUGCUCAGCACGCAGCUGACCGCCCUGCAGUCCGAGAAGGCCGAGCUGGUGCAGUCCCUGUCGAAGGUGGAGGUGGAGCUGGCGGCCCAGGGAGAGGAGCUAGAGCGGAUCACGAGCUCGCUGGCGACAGAGAGGGAGAGCGGGGUGAAGACGGCGGAGACCCUGCAGAAUCAGCUCAAUGAGAAGGAGACCCGGGAGCAGGCGCUGGAGAGUCAGCUGGUCGCAGCUCGCUGGUCCAGUCUGCAGGGAGCCGUGGAGGAGGCGGAGAAGAUCAUCCAGGACUCGCUGGCUCAGAUUCACGACCCGGCACACAUCAGCUGCACCAGCUCUGCAGAUUAUCUAGCAUCCAGAUGUCAGGCCUCUUUAGGGUGCAUGGAUCGACUCCAUUCAGCCAGCGAGGCCUUCACAGCAGACGACACAGAUGUAUCUGAGUUGCUGCGAGUGGUGACCCAGUGUGGCCACCUAGUGGGAGACACCAUCGUUCAGGGCAGUGCCACCUCCCACAUGGUGCCAGUGGAGCAGGCUGAUGCCCUGUCGCAGAGUGUGAAGGCGUGUGGCGCCGAGGCUCUGGCUCUGCUGGGACAGAUGAAGCAGCGCGACAGCCUGGCUGCAGCCGACAACAGCAGACUGAAGGCUGCUCUGGAGGCCAUCCUGGCCACCGCAGAGAAACUGCGUCCUCGGGGCUUGGAGCUGCAGCAGGGGGAGCUGGGAGAUCUCGUGGAGCAGGAAAUGUCCUCCACUUCUGCUGCUGUGGAGUCAGCUGCUGCCAGGAUAGAGGAAAUGCUCAACAAGUCUCGAGCAGUUGAUACAGGAAUCAAGAUGGAGGUCAACGAGAGGAUCUUGGCCUCGUGCACAGAACUGAUGCAGGCGAUCAAGGAGCUCGUCGUUUCUUCCAAAAACCUGCAAAGGGACAUCGUGGAGAGUGGAAGGGGGGCAGCCUCCAUGAAGGAAUUUUAUGCCAAGAACUCCCGCUGGACCGAGGGUCUGAUCUCUGCCUCCAAAGCAGUGGGAUGGGGCGCCACAGUCAUGGUGGACGCUGCUGAUCUGGUGGUGCAGGGCAAAGGGAAGUUUGAGGAGUUGAUGGUGUGUUCACACGAAAUAGCUGCCAGCACUGCACAGCUGGUGGCUGCUUCCAAGGUGAAAGCAGACAAAGACAGCACCAACCUGCACCGUCUGCAGCACGCGUCCCGCGGCGUCACACAGGCCACCGCAGCCGUCGUGGCCUCCACCAAGUCUGGGAAGUCUCAGAUUGAAGAAAAAGACACGAUGGAUUUCUCCAGCAUGACGCUCACACAGAUCAAACGACAGGAGAUGGAUGCACAGGUCCUGGUCCUGGAGCUGGAGACUCGUCUGCAGAAGGAGCGAGAGCGUCUCGGUGAACUGAGGAAGAAGCAUUACGAGCUGGCCGGUGUAGCCGAGGGCUGGGGGGAGGUGGAGGAGGGCACAGGUUGAGACCAGUCACGUCCCGCUCCCUCGUCCCCUUCCUCGACCAUCAGACCGGCUUCUGUCUGCCUCUUUCUAUUUAUACACACUCUUCUCCGUCUCUUUCUCCCUUGUUUCCUUCUCUCUUCUCUGUUUGUUUGUUCUCUAAGCCAAAUGGAAAGGUGCUUCUUUUCUAAAAAAAAAACUGCUUCUCCACCCAUGUCCGGAAGCUUCCAUUAAAGGACAGCACCAAGGGCUCAGCGGAGGAGGGGGACGUUGGAGGAAAUGUACGUCAGGAGUUGGGGGGUGGGGGGGAGAAAAGCCUACAGUGCAGCCCGACUUCACAGCCUCAUGUUCCCCCCUCCUCUCCACCCUCCUCUCUCCCAGGACGGAGACAAGCAGUGAUGGAGUUGAUCACUUCGGCCGAGUAUUUAUUGUCUUCUUUUUAUUUCUUCUCCUUCCUCCCCCCCGGUUUUUACUACCAAGGAGUCGCAGCAGAGGCGACACGAGCACAAGCGUCAACUCAAGACAUCCCAGGAUGCACUGCACAUGCUCUGGGCAGAGAGAAGGGGCAGAUCGGUGACUGUGUGCGCCCCCUUCCCCAGCCCCCAGAACCAUGUCUCUGUGUAACAUAGAUGGCAUGCAUGCUCUCCUUUUUUGUUGUCUUCGUCGUGAGCUGCUCUCUGCUCGUUCUCUUCCUCCCUCGUUCCUUCCCCGUUGGUUUUUCUCACACUGUGAGUUAUCACCUUGUUAAGUCCGUACCGCUUCACGAGCAGGUUCACUGGACUUUCUGCCUUUUCACCACCACACCAUUGUGACGACCGUGACUGUUAACCUGAACGCACCCCUCCUUUAUUUACUUUUUUGGGGGGUUUCUUCAUAUUUUAGCAGAGGCUUACCCGGAAACUCUUUUAAUAAAGAACAGGGAAAAGUA